AUGUCCCACCGUCUCCCCCACCACCUCCCCUUCCUCCUCCACACACUAAUCGAAAUCCCCGCCUCCCUCAACUUCCUCCUAAACCCCUCCUCACAACUCUCUUCCCCAGCACCACAAGCCCACACCCUAAUCCAACAAUACGCCAUUCUCCUCUUUGUCUCCUGUCUCAUCGCCCUCAUCUUUGCAUGGCGACCGGUGGAUCGCACUGCUCGCCUUGUCGCGGGUGCUUUGUCGUUGUAUCAUUGGGCUCCGGCUUUUAGAGCUGCGUGUAGGAUUUUGGAGGGGGAUGGGGUGGGGAAGGGGGUAAAGGGUUUGGGGGGUCCCGGGGUGCAUUUGUUGGUGCAUUUACUUUGUGGUGCGGGGUUGUUGGGGCUUUUUUUGUCGGGGGGGAGGAAGAGACGAGUGGGAUAA